CAGCUGAUUGAGCAGUCCAAGAACCAAAGGAUAAGGUGGGUGGGGGGACCGCCGGAGCCGGGAGGGACGAGAAGCGAGCGAGGUGCCGUCGUCAGCUAGCACUAGCAGCCAUGGAAGGCGGCGCGCACGAGUUCGACGGCUCCACCUUCAAGGAGUGCUUCUCCCUCUCGUGGAGGAACCCCUACGUCCUCCGCCUCGCCUUCUCCGCCGGCAUCGGCGGCCUGCUCUUCGGCUACGACACCGGUGUCAUUUCGGGAGCUCUGCUCUACAUCCGCGACGACUUCGUUUCAGUGGACAGGAACACAUGGCUUCAGGAAAUGAUCGUGAGCAUGGCGGUGGCCGGCGCGAUCAUCGGCGCGGCCAUCGGCGGGUGGACCACGGACCGGUUCGGGCGGCGGGCGUCGAUCCUGGUGGCCGACUCCCUCUUCUUCGCGGGCGCGGCGGUGAUGGCGUCGGCCACGCGCCCCGCGCAGCUCGUGGUGGGCCGCGUCUUCGUCGGCCUCGGCGUCGGCAUGGCCUCCAUGACCUCCCCGCUCUACAUCUCCGAGGCGUCGCCCGCCAGGAUCCGCGGCGCGCUCGUCAGCACCAACGGCUUCCUCAUCACCGGCGGCCAGUUCCUGGCCUACCUCAUCAACCUCGCCUUCACCAAGGCGCCGGGGACGUGGAGGUGGAUGCUCGGCGUCGCCGCGCUCCCCGCCGUCGUCCAGUUCGGCCUCAUGCUCGCACUGCCUGAAUCCCCGCGCUGGCUCUACAGACAGGGGAGGGCGGAAGAAGCAGAGGCGAUCCUGCGGCGGAUCUACUCGGCGGAGGAGGUGGAGCGGGAGAUCGAGGAGCUGAAGGAGUCGGUGGCGGCGGAGCGUGGGUCGUCGGAGAAGCUGAGCCUGGUGGCGCUGGUGCGGACGGCGACGGUGCGCCGGGGGCUGGUGGCCGGCGUGGGGCUGCAGGUGUUCCAGCAGCUGGUGGGCAUCAACACGGUGAUGUACUACAGCCCGACGAUCGUGCAGCUGGCUGGGUUCGCGUCCAACCAGACGGCGCUGGCGCUGUCGCUCGUCACCUCGGGCCUCAACGCGCUCGGCUCCGUCGUCAGCAUCUACUUCAUCGACCGCACGGGGCGGAGGAAGCUGCUGGUCAUCAGCCUCGUGGGCGUCAUCCUCUCGCUCGGCGUGCUCACGGCCGUGUUCCACGAGACCGCGUCCCACUCCCCGGCCGUGAGCGCCACCGAGACCGCUCGCUUCGACGCCUCGCUGACGUGUCCGUCCUACCGCCCGUCGUCGCCGGCCAGCGGCGGGGCGUCCUGGGACUGCACCCGGUGCCUCAAGGCGGCCGCGGGUUCGAGCGAGUGCGGCUUCUGCGCGUCGGGCGCCGGCAGGCUCCUCCCGGGCGCGUGCCUGGUGUCCAACAACACGGUGCGCGACGCGUGCCACGGCGAGGGCCGGCUGUGGUACACCCGCGGGUGCCCGAGCCGGUACGGCUGGCUGGCGCUGCUGGGCCUGGCGCUCUACAUCAUCUUCUUCUCCCCCGGCAUGGGCACGGUGCCGUGGAUCGUCAACUCGGAGAUCUACCCGCUGCGGUACCGCGGCGUGUGUGGCGGCGCGGCGGCCACCGCCAACUGGGUGUCCAACCUGGCCGUGGCGCAGUCGUUCCUGUCGCUGACGGAGGCCAUCGGGACGUCGUGGACGUUCCUCAUCUUCGGGGGCCUGUCCGUGGCCGCGCUCGCCUUCGUGCUCGUCUGCGUGCCGGAAACCAAGGGUCUCCCGAUCGAGGAGGUGGAGAAGAUGCUCGAGCGCCGGGAGCUCAGGCUCAGGUUCUGGGCCCCGCGACACACACAAGACAACGGCAAGGAGAGUGGCAAGAAUGCCGGCGUUUGAGACUGUUUGCUCCAAUUUCUACGCUAAAAUUGUUGUUCACAAUCUACGCUAGAAUUAUGGUACAAACUGGAAGAAAGUGUAUUAGUUUCUAAUGCCUAAAUUCGGUUAUCUGAUUCUUUUUGAGGAAAUUGAAUCUUGUUGAGAC